AGCCGCCUUCCAGUACGCGGCCCGUGUGCACGAGGUAAACACGGCUCUAAUCGGCAAUCGGAAUGGAAUGACGCGUGCCGAGUGAUCAGCCGAGUCCAGUUCCGAUUGUCACGCAGCAGUAUGUACGGUUUUGUGAAUUACGCCCUCGAGCUCCUGGUCGUGAAGACCUUUGGCAGCGAAACGUGGGAGGCGAUAAAAAAAGAUGCGGCGGUUAGUAUGGAAGGGCAGUUUCUCGUGAGACAAAUCUACGACGACGAGAUCACGUACAAUCUGAUAUCCGCCGCUGUCAAUCGACUCAAUAUCCCCGCCAAUGAAAUACUCGAACUAUUCGGUCGAAUGUUCUUCGAGUUUUGCCAAGAUUCCGGUUACGAUAAGAUCCUGCAAGUUCUCGGAGCAACACCGCGGGAUUUUCUGCAGAAUUUGGACGCGCUUCACGAUCAUCUGGGUACUCUAUACCCGGGCAUGAGGGCGCCGUCUUUCAGAUGCACGGAGAGACCCGAGGAUGGCGCGCUUGUUUUGCAUUAUUAUUCCGACCGGCCUGGUCUCGAGCACAUCGUUAUUGGAAUCGUAAAGACUGUCGCGAAGAAACUGCACGGCACGGACGUCGACAUGCAAAUAGUGAAGACCAAAAGCGAAUGCGACCAUGUGCAAUUUCUCAUAACUGACACUUCGGGCCCGGGAGUCGUAUCGAAUCCCAUGAUCGCUGAGCUGGAAACGCUGUCCGUCGAGCCAAGGGUCAGCCCAACGACAUUUUGUCGGGUGUUUCCGUUUCAUCUAAUGUUCAAUCGCGACCUCACGAUAGUCCAGACCGGAUGCACCAUCACGCGCGUCAUACCGCGCGUCUCCAGCGGUCACUGCAAGCUAAGCGACAUUCUCAUAACCGUCAGGCCGCAUUUGGAGCUGACGUUUGAGAACAUACUGUCUCACAUAAAUACGGUUUACGUGCUACGGACGAAAAAGGGUGUCAUGCAUGUGAAUGCUGCGGAGGAGUAUUCAAAUUUGCGCUUAAAGGGUCAAAUGCUGUACAUACCUGAAAGCGAUUUAGUUAUCUUUCUAUGCUACCCAAGCGUUAUGAAUCUGGACGACCUGACUAGGCGGGGUCUGUACUUGAGCGACGUCCCUUUGCACGACGCCACCCGAGAUCUGGUCCUGAUGUCGGAGCAAUUUGAGGCGGAUUACAAGCUGACGCGGAACUUGGAGCUGCUCACCGACAAGCUGCAGCAGACGUAUCGCGAGCUCGACGGCGAGAAGCAGAAAACUGACAGGUUACUUUACUCGGUGCUCCCCAUUUCGGUGGCGAACGAGCUCAGGCACUCGAGGCCGGUGCCGGCGAGGAAGUACGAUUGCGUUACACUCCUGUUCUCCGGGAUAGUUGGCUUCAGCGUGUACUGCGCCGCCAACACCGACUCCAGCGGCGCCAUGAAGAUCGUCAACAUGCUCAACGAGCUGUACACGGCGUUCGACGUGUUGACCGACCCGAAAAAGAAUCCAAACGUUUAUAAGGUGGAGACCGUCGGCGAUAAAUACAUGGCGGUGAGUGGAUUGCCGGAACCCUGUCGUUGUCAUGCACGAUGCAUCGCUCGUCUAGCGUUGGACAUGAUGGAUCUUGCGGCUGACGAAGUGCAGAUCGAUGGGGAGCCUGUGAAAAUUACAAUCGGCAUACACAGCGGAGAAGUCGUUACCGGCGUGAUCGGUCAUCGUAUGCCACGCUAUUGUCUGUUCGGAAAUACCGUAAAUCUCACCAGCCGUACGGAGACCACUGGCCAGCCGGGGAAGAUCAACGUUUCGGAGGACGCUUACAGGUAUCUCUGCAUGCCGGAGAAUCAGGAUCCGCAGUUCCUUUUGGAAUACAGAGGACCUGUUUCGAUGAAGGGAAAAUCCGAACCCAUGAACGUGUGGUUCCUGUCCCGAGAGAGAGAGCUGACAUCGUAAACGUCCUUGCGACAACGGAUGUUAUAGCAAUAAUACCGGGAAUCACAGGCGGAAAUAAGAAAAAAGACCGCCGGACCGAGAGAAUCAAUAAAGUCUCAUGCAAUCACUCGAGGUCGAUGAGCGUUAAUGCGGAUGAAGUACGAGCGAUCGGUGUGUUUCGCGUUGAAACACUUUCACGACCAUGUAACAUACGUUUCAUUACACCUGCAGAAAAGUUUAUAAAGAGUUUAUCGUGCGCGUCGGGCCGUCGCUGAUGGCCGACGAUCGUUCUUAGGCAAAUUGUCAGGUCGUUUGCCGGCGCUUCCUCUCCAGCCGGCAGGUUAUUUAGCAAUCGUGAGUGUACAAGGCAAUCAAAUAUAGUCGUUAUUUAUUUGGUGA